AUGUUAUAUGUGGAACUACCACUUCGUAUUAUAAUAACUGUAGAAGGAUUUAUUGGAACAAUAUUAAAUUGUUUAUCAUUAUUUAUUGUAUUUAAUACACGAUUCGGUUCAAAAUCGACUACAGUAUUGUUAAGAUUACAGCCAAUCUAUGAUAUGAUUGCAUGUUUUCUUUAUGCAAUGUAUACAGCAACAGAGAAUGGUAAACCUACACAAAUUCUAUUCUUAGAUAAAUUAUUAUGUUAUUUAUGGUCUAAUAAUAUUGCUUAUUGGUUAGGUGUUGUACUGAGUGUACAUAAUAUUAUCUGUAUUUCAAUUGAUCGUUUCAUUGCUGUUCUCUUUCCAAUAAUCUAUAAAAGGCAUCAAUUAUUAAUUAUAAUAAUAUUUAUAAUUUAUCAAUUAUGUAUGAUUGGAUUAUUAUUUGUACCAAUUAUCUUUUUUCGACAUUUUAUCAGUGGUAUAUGUACUUAUGUGACUGGACCAGCUGGGAUUGAUUCACGUGUAUACAUUGCUUUCAGAGGGUAUACAUGGUUAAUAUUUCAGUAUAUACUUCCAUUGAUCAUUAUUAUCACAUGUCAUAUAUUGAUUGUGAUCAAAUUGAGUAGGCGACAACAUCAUUCUAUAGCUUGUUUACCAGUUAGUGUCUUUUCAAGUGUUACUAUUACAACUACUACCACCACCACUACUACUACUACUAAUAAUAAUAGUACUACUGCCACUACUAAUCAUGGUGUACAACGAUAUUCAGAGUCUGAAUUAAAUGAUCAUAAAAGACUAGUUGGAUUAGUUAUUAUAACUGCAUUAAUGUCUGGUCAACAGGCAAUUCUUCAUUCUUAUGAAUUUAUACGCUAUUUUUUAACAAUGCUAAAUAUUGUCAUUUUUAGUUAUGGUACAGUUGGACAACAAAUGGGACCAUUUCUUAUCUUAUUAAGUAGUUGUAUUAAUCCAUGUAUAAUAAUUGCUACUACAGUAUCAUUACGUAGACAAUUUUCAAGUUAUUUACAUAAAAUAUUGUCUAAAAUUAAUAAAAGAAAAUGUUAG